CUCUGCUCCUCCUCCUCAAUCAAGCAGAAGCAGAGGAGAGCUUUCCAUUUCGGGGAUCGAAUGGAGGUGGCGACGGUGUUCCUGGAGACGAGCCUGGGCACCCGCCUCGCCGUCUCAUUCCCCGCCUCCGCCACCACCGUCGCCGACCUCAAGCGGAGAGUGAGCGAUGAACACGCCGCAGCUUUUCCCCACAUCGGCCACAUCGCCGUCCAAGCCAUCAAGGUGAACCAGGGAGGCUCCUUGUACCAGCUCACCGACUCCAUGGCCGUCCGGGAUGCCUUCCAGGGGGUCACCGGCGCCUGGCACCUCCAACUCCAACUCGAUGCUCUUCAUGUUGAUGCCCAUCAACAAGCUCCUCCUCAAGUGCCACACGCCUGCAACUGCAAACAUGAUUCAUCCAGCAGCAGGAGCUUUGCUGCUGCUUUGGGAUGCCAGAUUCUCACUCACCAGCACCAGCAGGCUCAACUUGAAGCCACCCACACUGAAACUGAAAGGCCACCCCGGGACAAGCAUAGGGCGGUUAAGAGGCCUGCUGCUGAUUCUGAUUUUGAUUUUGGCCUUCUCUCUGUCCACAAGGAACCACGCGGCAGCAUAAUAGCUGGGAACAUGUGCAAUGCUGCAAACAGCAAGCAAGAUGCACCUUGUGUUGAGGAACUGGACCAAGCUGAUCCUUGUUCACAAAUGCAAGUUGAGGAAAAGGAAACUUGGACACCCAAGGAAGCUGAUUCUUCACAACAACAAGAAGCAAUGCAGAACAAUGUCGAGGAAAAGGAGUCGCUGACAGCAAAGCUCUGUAACGGCGAUGAAAGCAGCAACAAAGAGACUGAUCAUCCACCACCACCUUGUGCCGCCGUGUCCACCAAAGAAGGCGAAAAUGAAGCUAUGCGAUGCAAAGUUGAUGAAAAUGGGCCAUUGACAGCUAAGGCGGUGCGCAUUGACGAAAGAAACGACAACAGGAUGCAUCAGUCCACCAAAAAAGGCGAUUCUUAUGAAAAAGAAGCAAUGACACGCCAAGUUGAGGAGAAGGAGCCAUUGGCAGCAAACGUGUGCAACGGCGAUGAAAGCAGCAACAAAGAGACCCAUCACCCAUCACCUUGUGCCGCCGAGGCCACCAAAGAAGGCGAUUCUUAUGAAAAAGAAGAAGCGAUAAAACACAAAGCUGAGGAAAAAGUGUGCAACAACGAAAGCAGCAGCAACUGGACUGAUCCUUCACCUGGCGACGGGUCCAUGAAUGAAGCUGAUUCUUCAGAAAAUGAAGUAAUGCAACAUGAAGCUGAGGAAAAGGAGCCAUGGACUGACAGUGUGUGCAAAGGGGGAGGAAGCAGCCACUGGAAUGAUCCGAUUGAAUGGACGGACGCAGAACAGAGGGCAUGGGAGAUGGCAUUGAAGAAAAGAAGGCGGCCGAGGACCACAGUGCGCAAAAUGCCCAACAGUAGGGCAGCCAAGCUGUAUGGCUACAGCUGAAGAGGAGAGGAGAUGAGCGGUGGCAUAAGAGGAGGGAGUAUCGCAUUUUGGGUUGGAAACUAGCAAGGGGGGUUGAUGCAUGCAUGGUGAUGGCCAUUGUGUUGCUGCUAAAAAACUGUGGUUGGUUUGCUUGUGUUGGUAUUUUUUUUUGGUUUGAUAGACUGAGAUUGGUGGUGUGUAUGUACUUAUGUAUGGGAUGUUGAUGCUGCUGAUUCAUCAAAUCAGACUUGCAUGUAUGAACUAGUUGAAGAGGAUGCUUGUCUUUCCUUAUAAACAUGAAUCAA